UUUAAAUAAAAUACUUUUAGGAUGCAACAGUAUCCUAUCUUUUUCUUCCUUUCCAAGAUGGCCGCCCGUUUCGGCCGCUUUGACUCGGAUUGGGCCUUUAAGGUUGCUAGGUAACGUUAGAACGCUACCAAGAGAGGAAGACCCGAGACGUAGAAGCAGGAGACCCAACGCUGUUUCUGACGAGGUCAGCAGGUGCAUAAAUAUUUCUGUCUUCUGUAUUUGCUAACCUCUAUGUCGGGAAGAAAAUUGUUAAUAUAAUUCUUCUAGCAGUUAGUCGUUGAGUCUUGUUGCUUCUGACUUUUAUUAAGUAUCUAGGUUUUCAUAAGACCUAAGCUUUUCCUCUCUUCGGUUAGCAAUAACCGUUUCUAACCCCAUUGUCCCCUGCUGUGAGGUGGAUGUUAAGCUAUGGGUUCAGAGUCAGUUAAGGUGGUGGCGAGGUGCAGGCCGCUGGAUGACAGGGAGAAGACUCUCUGCUGUAAGAUGGUUCUGUCCAUGGAUGUCCACCGGUGCCAGUGCUUCAUUGAAAAGCCAGGGGCACAGGAUGAGCCACCCAAACAGUUCACUUUUGACGGGACCUACUACAUUAAUCAAACUACUGAGCAGCUGUACAACGAGAUUGCCUAUCCUUUGAUUGAGGGUGUUACUGAAGGAUACAAUGGCACAAUUUUUGCCUACGGGCAAACUGGAAGUGGAAAAUCUUUCACCAUGCAGGGGGUGUCUGAACCUGCAACUCAGAAAGGUGUAAUACCACGAGCUUUUGAGCACAUUUUUGAGAGCAUUCAGUGCGCUGAAAACACAAAAUUCCUUGUGAGGGCCUCGUACCUGGAGAUUUACAAUGAGGAAGUAAGAGACCUUUUGGGAAGUAACACCAAACAGAAACAUGAGCUGAAAGAGCACCCGGAGCGUGGGGUGUAUGUGCCGGACCUCACCAUGCUCACGGUGCACAGCGUAGGGGAAUGUGAAAGAAUCAUGGAGCAAGGCUGGAAGAACCGGGCAGUGGCUUGCACGCUGAUGAAUAAAGACUCCUCCCGCUCCCACUCUAUUUUCACCAUCCGUUUGGAGAUCUGUAACACUGAUCCAGCCGGUCAAGAUCAUAUACGAGCAGGCAAACUUAACCUUGUAGACCUGGCAGGAAGUGAGCGUCAGUCUAAAACUGGUGCCACUGGAGAGCGACUCCGUGAGGCCACAAAGAUCAAUCUCUCCCUCUCGGCUCUGGGCAAUGUCAUCUCUGCCCUGGUGGUCGGCCGCUCCAAGUACAUCCCCUACCGGGACUCCAAGCUGACCAGACUGCUGCAGGACUCUCUGGGAGGAAACACACGGACAUUGAUGAUCGCCUGCCUCUCACCUGCUGAUAACAACUAUGAGGAGAGUCUGAGUACUCUGCGCUAUGCAAACCGGGCCAAGAGCAUCCAGAACAGACCUCGAAUCAACGAAGACCCCAAGGAUGCUCUGCUGCGAGAGUAUCAGGAGGAGAUCAAGAAGUUGCGGACCCUCGUCUCAGGCCAGCUAGCUCUUCUGUCUGAUCAGCCUGCAGAUGCUCUUUCACGGUUGCCACCCAAUGCUGAUGAAACAAAGGAAAAGAUUAAAGAGGAGUACGAAGAAAAGCUGGCAAAAUUGCAGGCCGAGUACAAUGCAGAGAAGGAGUCCAAAGCAAAGCUGCAGGCAAACAUUAUUGCUCUGCAGCGCUCAUAUGAAUCAAAGCUGUCUAAUCUGGAGAAUGCCAAAGCCAGCAGAGGGAGCUCUGACCCUAUGAAAGUGAGCUCCAGCUGUAAAGCUCAAGAUGAAGAGAAAGAGAGCACACCCAACAUUGAUCAAAUCAGUCUCUCUACAACCACUUCACUGGGAAAGCCUGAUGCGUCUUGUGCUGCAGUCAGCACUCAAAAAGAUCCAGAUGGAAAUGAGCUCACGUACUCAGAUGAUACCAAAUCAAAUGAGCCUCUGGACCAGAAACAUGUACUGGAAAGACUGCAGAUACUAGAACAGGAAGUAAUAGGAGGGGAGCAGGCCAGGAACAAUGAGUUACAGCAGAGACAUCGGCAGAGGAAGAAGUUCGCAGAUCAGAGAAAGGCCCAGCUCAUCAAUGCACUGUCAGAAGACAGUGAGGAGAGUGACAGUGUGUUAUUGAAUGUGUACAAUUCAAUCCAGGAAGAAGUUCAUGCCAAAAGCCAGAUACUGUCCAGAGUCCAGGGUAAGUUGAAAGCAGCCAAACUGGAGAUCCGUGACCUCCAGGCGGAGUUUGAACUGGAGAGGAACGAUUAUCUGGCAAACAUUCGCCGGCUUGAGAGGGAAGGCCAGCUGCUGAACAGCCUGCUGGAGCGCAUGGUGCCACUGGUACGCCGAGACUGCAACUACAGCAACCUGGACCGCAUGAGGAAAGAAGCUGUUUGGGAUGAUGACAGUUCCACCUGGAAGCUGCCAGAUGUGAUGGUGCAGAAAACAACUCUGCCUUCAGCAGUGACUCCAAAUCCUUCAUCCCGCAGAGAUUCAGGUUCUGAUCAUGCCGAGUCACUUAUGGUUGAAGAAGACCGGUACAAGGAAUUGCUGGAUCGCAAAGACAGUGAGAGUAUUGCCAGCAACUACUUUAAGUCAAAAAGAGCCAGUCAGCUGCUGAGCGGUGAUGCUGUUAAAGGACAUGCAGGCUACCAUUCUGUGAACGGUUCCAACAUGAACCCCUCUCCCAGGUCAGACCCUGUCCUGCCACGGCCCUUUCGCCUAGAGUCUCUGGAAGUUUCGGUGCCCAACGGGAAGGCGAAGCGCAGAAAAAGCAAGUCUCACAUUCAUAGUGAAGAGACAUAAAGGGACUUUGGUGUUUCAAACAGGAAGCUGACCUCAUAAACAUUUGAUUUUGACUCGAAAGAGUUUGUAUACUGGGAUAAAAUAAAAUAUUUAUUGCUAGCAACCUACUUUUUUGCAUCUUUUAUCUGGAAUUGUAAGACUACAAUCCCAGAUUUUUCCCCCCCCAAUUACUUAAAAGUUUGAUUUGCUCACUUAAGUUGCUUUAGUAUUUAAUUGGCUGUAUUUUUGUUUAACAGUGUAACUUGUGCCAUUUAGUUCAGACAAAAACUAUUAAGAAAUAGCUUUGAGCCGUAGUAUAGAUACAUUGAUAUAGAUAUCUCUCCUUUGCUUUCUCUCAGCAAAUGCACACUCAGAAUUACUGUGAUUAAACUGGAUUUAUGCUACAUAGUGAUUUACUGUAUUUUUAUAGCAUGCUUAGUCCAUUUUGACACACACCACCAGUGUCUGCUCAUCUCCUUCAGGGUUAAAUGUUCAGAGAUAUUAUUCAGCAUACUUUGAUUAUAAUAAUUGUUAUAUUUGAAUUCCUAUUCCUAUCAGAGGUCGGAGGAGAAAUGGGCAGACUGGUUCAAGCUGAUAGGAAGGCUACUAGACAUUUUUGUCCACACAACUCUUGGUCACUGUAAUCCUCUUCUUUUCUCAUUCUGGUGCUCUGUUUGUCUAAAUACAUUGAGUUGUCAGUGUGGUAUUGAUGGAUUUCCAUAUUCAUACCUAAUAAAGUGGCCAGUCAGGGUAUUUUGUUAUCACUUGCGUUAACAUUGCAGCAGAUGCACUUUAUUCCCACUUCUUUUUCCAUACUGAUAAACUUAGUCUUUUCUGAAAUGUGUUGAGCUCAGAUUUGGCUUUUUUUAAAAGGAAAGUCCUAGUUUUUUUUAUCUAUUGCUUCAUAUCACUAAAGCUGUGUCGGUUUUCAAAUUUGAUGCCUAACUUUUGUUCAGACAUAAAAGACGGAGACACCAAGCCACUAUUACAACUUUAUUCAAUGCUAAUACACAAGCUGUUGAGUCAGAAGAGUUCCAUGUGAGGGGUAUCAGGAAAACAGAGAAAACAGAUUAUCUUCAGCAGCACAUGGGGGUUGUCCACAAGAUAAUCGGAUAACAGAAGAACAGC